AUGUCGAUUCUGCUCACAGAGUCACAGCUCGUCGACGAAGAUGCCCACGUGAGUGUGACUUUAUCAAAUAUUUGUCCGCCUUUGCUCUGCUUGGAUUUCUGCCCGCCCGCUGCUGGGAUAUUGUAGGAAGCUAUCUCGAUGGGUGCGGCUAGCUUCCUCGAUAUUCCGACAGUUGUCUGAGCGAUUUUUUAGAGAAUAUUACUCGAAAAACAGAAAGUAGUGCUUGGAAAACCAAUGCUAAGCCGAUUUGAUGGUGUUUUGGAAACAGUUUUUUUUCAAUUUCCAAUGGCCGUUUAUCCCUAUUACAAUUUUUUUAGUUUAUAAGUUUGAUAAAAUUCAAAGAAGUCCGUUGAAACAAAAAUUUUUGUGUAGACUCUAUUUUUGAGGAUCUGAAAUCAUUUUCACUUAUUUUAUAUCAAAGUAAUUCGAGCUCGAAAAUAGAUGGAAAGAAAUCCCAUAGUAUUAAGAAAACUUGAAAAUAGAAAAAAACCAAUUUUUCUACUUCGGAAUACCCAAAAAUCCCAUUAUGAAAAACUGAAAAGUCUUCAUCAAACAUUUGCAGUUCGCGAAAAACCGUUUCAAAUUAAUUGUGACUGGCAGCAAGAACGUCGGGAAAAGCGCAUUGAUAAGGCGUCUCGACAGCAACACAUUCGAGGAGAAAAAGUCAGAAGAUCGGAUUACGAAAGCUCUGGCGAGGGUCAUACAAGGCGCGGUGGUGCGUUCCGACGUCCAAGAAGUCGGCAAGUAGUGCCACGCCAUUUUUCGGCAACUGAAAUAUUAUCUUACAGGUUACGACGUCUUUGAACGAGACGAAGGAGGCUUCCUUAAACAGAAUGAGGUUUAUCCCGAGUUCAAAGUAUAAAAAUACACUUUUUUUCGUUUGCAGUUUUUUGAAAACUCAUUUUUUUAAUGCAUCAUCGAAAAAAAUUAGUCAAUAAAGCAGUUUUAAAGCCAUUCAAAACAUUUUAGAAUUGAUAAAGAAAGAAGAGCUUGCGAAAUCAGUAGAAUUUAUCUAAUAACUUUUUUAGAUCGAUUGGCUUGAUGUGAAAGGAAUCAUCGUCAUGUACGACAUCAAUAGUAAAGAGUCCUACAACGAGCUGAAGCGGAAGUUGCCCUUGGUGCAGAAUACGGUGAGCAUUUAUUCAUUGCGAGGUGAUCGAAUGAUGGAAAAACGAUAGAGAGACGUCGGAAUGUCGUUGAGAAAAAUCAGGGACAUGAGAGAUUUUAAGUUUAUGUGAAGCCCUUCAAGUACCACCUCUACGCGGUGAUGGGGAGGCAACGCCAUUUAUGGCGGCUAACGGUACACCGGUCACGCAAUUCGGCUUGCUUCUGCUAACAGAAUGGGCGGUCUUUUUUAGCCCUGGCAAGGCAAAAAGGAUAAUAAGACCACAAUUAUGCUAUAACACGUUCAACCCCACGGAUGGAACUUUUUCGCAAGCAUACCAGUCAACCAGGACGACAACACUGGAUGACCGAUUGCAUAAGAUCUCCUGGAAAACGUGUGGUCCACGCUUCGAUCAAUAAAAGGCACUAAAAGGCAAUAAAAGGUCGAAAGCGAAGAUGGACCAUCUAAGUAUCUAAGUAAGUAAGUAAACAUCUAAAUUUGUUUGAAUGAAAUAUUAUUCAUUCUUAAAUACUGCUUCUUUGAAACUUUAUCCUGUAAAAAACUCAGAGAAGUAAAAAAUUAGGCUUGUUUUGAUAUGAUUUGACGAGAAUUUCUGCUCAUCGACGGCUGAGAAAAAACAACUUUUUUCCAAUCAAUCAAUUUUUUCUAUCAGGUCGCUCCAAACUGCGACAUUUGCCUUGUUGGGUCAAAAGCAGAUUGUGAACGAGAAGUUCCAUUCGAACUGGCAGACAGACUGGCUGAACAAAUGGAUUUGUCCCUUUUCGAAAUCAGGUAUUUGGUCUCAAAAACACUAAGUUAUUUCGAUUCAGCUCAAAAACGAACAUCAACUGUGAGGCGAUGCUCGUUGAAGUACUGGACAAAAUCAUCGAACGUAGAGAAGCUGAGCUGGAGCAUUGGCAAGAGAUCAGAAGCAAUCAACCGGUAUUUUUUGACUACUAAAGGGUUUUGUUUGUUAAAAAAUGUGAAGAUUAUUUUCUCAAAAACGUCAGAACUUCUAGUUCUUAAAAGAUUCAGAAGAAUCUAAAGUUUCAACUUCUGUGAAUUUAGGUCUACGAAGACGUUGUCGAGCCUUCGAAACCGAGUGAGGAACAAGUGCCGUCAAAUCCUUUCUGUUGGAUUCCCCGUAUUCCUUUUAUCAGCAAAAUUUUUUAA